AUGGAUGGAGGACAGACAGGAGCAUCUGAGUGGAAACUAGCCUACUGUAGAAACAAAGGCGACGGCGCUACUGGUGCUCAGAAGAGGGUUGGCUACUGGCUACUCCGAGCGUCUGUUUUGCUCAGCCUCGUGGAACUUCAGCUAGACUUGGAGGUCUCCUCCCCACUCAGACUGCUGAACUACAGCAAGAAGGAUCUGGCGGUGGAAUCGCUGCACUUGCAGCUCCACAAGCUCCUCUUGGUACGCGAGGUGCGAGCGCUGGGGACUCAUCGCUUUCCCGCCACGCGGGUGGCCGCUUGGUUAGUCCAGGAGGGCGAAGCUGCGGCCGCGCCGGCGCCGUCCGCUUCAGGCGCCGCUGGAGGCGGGAACAGCCUCCGAGAGGAGGCUAGUGAGUCCCCCUCCUCUGGCCCGGGGCAAUGCCUGCGGCGAAGCAACGACGAAUUCGAAGCAGAAGCCAACGUCUCUGCCUCUGGAGACGGAAACAAAUGCCCCAGUCGAACAGAGAAUGUAGACUUAAAAGUGAACCAGGACUUUUUGGAACACUGUUUGUUACCCAAGGAAGAUGAAGACUCAGAAUCUCAAGAGGAGGAAGAUACAGAGAGUGAUAAAAGUGACCAAGAUGAUUGGAAAGAGAGGGCGAGUCCUGUUUCCAACUGUUUGGAUCACAGCAGCCUUACUGAUUCUUUCCUCCCACUGGAAGGUUACUUUCCACUGCCAACAUUACUGACUGGAAACACACUGGAAGAACGCUUCUUGGGAAAUAGUGUAUCUGUUAGCAACGACAGAGGGGUGAACUUGUUGAACUUUCACAAUACUGUUAAUUUGACUCAGGCUAUUAGCCAUGAUGUUAGCCUUCACGAUGCUACGAUGACGGAAUCAGACCACACUGUUACAGGAAAUGCAGAGAGGAAUUUGGAGAUAUUGGAGACUUUGUCAUUAACAGAUUCUCACACAGCACUAAUAAAUGGCACCAACAUGCUAGAGGUAUUUGCAUCUGGCAAUUGUUGUAGGAACCUUACAAAUCAGGAUUUUUUCUUGGGCCUAGAUGGAAAUAGGUUUGAUGAAAUAAGACUCACAUCAUUAGCUAUGGAGGAAAAUUUUGAUUCUGUGGAAGCUUCCUGUCUUUUUGAAGAACAAGAUUCUGAUUCUGGACUGUCUUUAGAUUUAAAUCACAGCAGCUCAUCAUUUGUUUUUACCUGCGAUAGUGAUGCUGAAUCUGCCACCUGUGAUGUUUUAGGAGGUUGCUGUUUAGGAUAUAGCGAAUAUUUCCACACAGAUUAUGACCUUAGUGCAGAAUCAUUUGUAAAUGUGCUUCAUGAUCAUACGUACAGUCAGAUCCCACAUCAUUUGGCAUCCUCUGUAUUGGAGCAUUACCUCACACAGCCCGAGAAAUCCAGUAAAGCCAGAAGUAGAAAUGAAGAUAACAAAGACAGAAACCAAAGCCGUGAUGAAUACAGUGCAAAAGUCCUGAGAAUUCCACUCUCUGUAAAUGAUAUUGUGACCCUCCCUGUUGAUUCCUUUAACAGCAUGUUAUCAAAAUACUACUUGACAGAUAAUCAGCUAUCACUCAUUCGUGACAUAAGGCGGAGAGGAAAAAAUAAAGUUGCUGCUCAAAACUGCCGUAAACGUAAACUAGAUGCAAUUAUGAACCUUGAAGAUGAUGUGUGUCACCUUCAAGCAAAAAAGGAAAGGCUUAAGGAGGAAAAAGCCCAGUGUAAUAGAUCAAUUAGCAAUAUAAAACAAAAACUAAAUAAUCUUUAUUGUGACAUUUUUAGUAGAUUAAGAGAUGAUCAAGGAAGACCUGUUAACCCAAACCAAUACACUCUACAUUGUUGUGAAAAUGGCAGUGUUCUGGUUGUACCGGGAAAAGCCAUCAAACUUAAACAAGAUAACAAAAUUUUUAAAAUGACAGCCAUAGACUAAAAAAACUUAAGCUAUAGUAAUGGAAGUGUCACAAUUUUUUUUAAAAAAAACCCACCCAUUUAUAAAUUAGUUUACACAGGAGCAAAUAAACUAUAGUAAGGAUCUACUUCGUUCACCCACAUUAUCAAAAUUAUGACUUCUAUACCAUGAAAUUUCCAAACUGCACCACUUAAGUAUUUCACUCUGUGGAUUUCCUUUUAAUCCAAUCUAGACUGUAUUCUCAAAUAUUACAUCUUUACAAAUGUAUACAUAGGACUGUGAACACAAUGCCUUAUAAAAUAAAUGUCUGGCCAAAGAUUUUUCUCCAUCUGAAUAAUUUAUGGAUUAAACCAAUUUUUGUAUUUUAUUCAGGUUUCUGCUAAUUAUGGGACUGUUAUGCUGAGCUCUAGUUUAAGCCAUGUCUCUUGACCACAAGAUAUCCUCCUGUCCAUGGCUUCACUGUUUUACUCAUAUUCUUUUAUAAAUAGAGACAAUAGUUUAAAUACUGAAAGUGGCAUUGUUGUCUUUGAACACAUUUGUAUUCCAUUGCCACUUUUGGUCAAACAGGUUUUUGAAACACUGUACUAACCAGCUAGUCUGGUUUGAGAAAAUAGAUUUGAAUGUACACGCCAUAAAGAAGUGUUUCAACAGCUUCAGCCCCAGCCUCUCUCGGCAUCAAAGUCUGACUUUAAAUGCUUAGGUUUGGGGGAUAUUGACUCUUCAAUCCUAUUGUCUCAGAAAUAAAUCCCAAUGUGUUCAAAAGGGCUUAUUCCCUAGAAAGUAUGUUUAGGAUUAGUCUGAUUUGUGUCCAGUACCAAAUGUUGUACAGUGUUUUGGAGAACAAAUACAGCCCUAGGAAUGCAUUAAAGCAGAAAGUAAAUUUAGCAGCCAAAAAAAGGUAAAGGUGUCCCCGCACUUGUAGUGAGUCUCGUUUCCGACUCUUAGGGUGACAUCUUGUGACAUUUACUAGGCAGACCAUAUAUAUGGGGUGGGAUUGCCAAUUCUGUCCCCGGCCUUUCUUUACACCCCCCCCCCCCAAGCAUAUGCCAGGUACUCAUUUUACCGACCACAGAUGGAUAGAAGGCUGAGUGGACCUCGACUCCUUUUACCGGAGAUUCCACUUCCUCCUUUCAUUGGAAUCGAACUCUGGCCAUGAGCAGCUUUGGCUGCAUUACUGCCGCUUACCACUCUGUUUAGCAGCCUAAAUAGCAGUAUUUCAUUGUCAUGAAAUGAAAAAUGAAUUCCCCAACAGUCCUGAUCACUAAACAUAACUACUGAAAUGCAAGUAGAGCUUGCACUUUAGUUUUAAUGAACACCUGUUUGCACAAAAAUGACCAAAAUUAUUUAAAGUUGAGAUUUUAUAUUUGUCUUUCCCCCCCUUGCUUACUGUUAUUAUUGCAUAUUUCUGAUACUACUGCAAUUAUUUCACUUUUUGGAGGAAGAUGCCUGAGGUCCUACAUUACAACCAGCCAUGUAUUAAUAUAGUAAUGGAGAUCAAUUGGAAGAACUAUACUCGACUAAAGGAUAUGUAGCCAAGUAAAAAAUCCCAAAUAUUACGGUAGGGCCCCACUUUCCGGCGUUCCGCUAAUGCGGCGGCUUUCAUUCCCCGUUUUUGCGGCAUUUUUGCACAAUGAGCCCUAUCAUACUCAAUGGGGUUCCGCUUUAGUGAUUUCCGCUUUAUGGCGGGGGUCUGAAAUGGAACCUGCCGUAUAACCAGGGCCCGCCUGUAUCCUGCAGGACUAAAAUGUUUGUGGAAGGUUUUUCCUAGUUACCUUAAACAAAACUGAAGUCCCCGUGAACCAUCUUUGAGUAUCAAUGCCAUAGUUUAAAAAGAGUUCAAACUGGCACUUUGCUAUUCUCACACUAUGUACCUUUAAGCACGGAGUGGGCUGGGGACAAAAUACCAUCCACUCUAAAGCUAAAGGACAGUCUUUACACUGCAGCAUUUUCAAAUAAUUGAGUUUCCAAUUUGUCCAGCAUAAGAUGGCAGCAGAGCUGUCUAGCAGGAACACAUUUGUCUGGCAUCCAAAGGACUUGUGCAGUGUGGCAUUUUAUGCAGUAUGAGCUGUAAUGGAGAAAAAUCAGCAAACUUCUCCCUUCUGUAUUCUGUUCAUGUGCAGAUCGCAGUGAAAUAUUUUACAAUUUGCUUGAAGCCAUUCCUGACUACGCUUCUUCCAGCCUAUUAAAGAUCACACAAACUUGUAACACAAAAAACACUCCUGCAUGUGUAAAUCCCUUUGAUCAACCACAAAGAACUUAUUUGAAGCCUCUGGGAACUUGUGCAUUUAAAGGGAACACGCACUUGAUUAAAGAUAUUCCUCAACCUUCCACGUAUCUUCCAGAUUUGUUUCCUCUGAACAAGAAAACAAUCACUGACUUUGCAAGCAUCUUCUGCAAUGGUACUACCAACAGGACGACAGGAAUUGGCUGAAUUCCUGGAGUUUAUGCGAGGGAGAGGAUGCAUUAAGUUCUAAUUCACCAUAAAAUGAGUAGUCUUCCCUAAAACAAUACUCAUUGCUUGCACGAACUUGUGGAUAUUCACAUCUGAUGUAGGACCUGACAAAUAAUAUCCAGCAGUAGUCAUACUCCUAUUAACUCCACAAAAAUGUUACUGAAGUCCAUUUCAAUGGGUCUAAUUUGAGUAUGGGUACCAUUGGAUGUCACCUGGUAUCUGUAGCUUGGCAAAAGACCAGAUGUUUCUGUAUUUUAAACAGGUUCCAUUUAUUAAUUUUACCCAUAUGCAACAGGAGGUAUAAAAUGUACCCAUUAUUUGCUUUCAAAUUCCCCUUUUGUUGCUUUUUAUCUUCAGAAUCCACUAUACCCUUUGUAUAAACUGAUCUUGAAUUUUAAAUAUUUACAUGUACAUCUGCCUUAUAAAGCAUUCCAGAGUAAUUAGUGGCAUACACCUGGGAGCGUAGGCCCAGAAUAAAAACUUUCUAUGAAAGGCAAACCUUGUACCUCUGUAUUGCAUUCAAUUCAA